GCAGUUAUCAUCGCUCCUCUCCACCAAAGCCACAGUACGGAUAUGAUCUCACCACAAAGAUCAAUGUUGUAUAUGCGUCUGUGACGAAGAAUUGCUGCACUGUUGUGUUAUUCUAGCAUUAAUUUCCAUGGUCUUCCUCCUCCAUCUUCCGUUAUCAACUCACAACUGCACUGCAUCAAGCGCUAAAAUGCGCCAUGAUCGACUAGUGCUCACAUCCGAUACGCAUCUCGAGGACUGUUGAAUCGGACGGCCAUGGCUGGAUGGAUAUCAUCGAAGCUCAAAGUUGCAGAAACCUUACUUCAACAGAUCGAUCAGCAAGCGGCAGAGUCUCUGGGGAAGAACGAGAGGCCGCAAUCAGAUGAACUUGAUGAGAAGAUUCCCGCAAAAUCUGGAGGGGUUCUGCCUCUGAAAGAUCAGCUGAAGAAAAAAACACAAGAAAGCUAUGAUUUCCAGGGGAAAUUGCACAGCGAUCCCAAUGUCAAUGUGCUUAAUAGUCAAGAUCGGGACAAAGAGGUUACGAGUCCAUCAAAACCUUUUUCGAGCCCUAGGUCUAAUCUUACGGACAGUGACUGGACUGAACUCCUCAGCACGCCCAAUCAAGAGACCCCAUUUGGGGCGAAUCGGACUAAUGGAACGUCUGGGAUUCGUGGUCUGCGGAAAGAUGGGCGGAGGCAGGCGAGUUCAGGUUUGAAUUUGUCAGGACUGGAAGCGAAGAGGAAUUAUAGGAGUAAUAAUAGUGCUUCGAAGCCUCAGCGAAGGUCUGAUGUUGGACCAGGAAAUAGAGAGAAUGCAGGUGGAUUGGAUAGGAAAUUGAGUGAUGAGAAAGAGUUGGGACGUUCAGACUCAGUGGAUAGAACAUCGAGUGCUGAGUUGCGAAAUGAUGGUAAGUAUGUGGAAGCACAAGAAUCGGAACUUGUGAUGGUGGUGGGAGAUGACUCGAAUCCAGAAAGGAGUGUUGUUAAAGAUAGUGUUGAGGAUGGAGGGAGGAUUAUAUCUAAGGGGCAUUCGGUUGAUAAAAAUCAUCAUUUGGAAACAAAAUUGGUGGCUGAAAGAGGUGAUAGGAUACCUGAUAUGAAUAAGGCAAUCAAUGAUGAGCAGAAAAGGUUAGGGCAGUCAAAUGCUGGCUUGGGGAGUUCAGUCUCUCUUGAGUUGAAAGGAACUACUUCUGUAAGUGAUGAAAGGUCUGAUUCAGAUACAGACUCUGCUUCCUCGUCUGACUCAGAAAGUGAACGCAUCAGGGAGGAAAGGAAAAGGAGAAGAAAGCAGAUUCUGGCCGAGAAACAGGCAGCUAAAGCUGUUGCGGCAAUCAAAGAACGCGAGAAUAUGGUUGCAAGGUUGGAGGGGGAGAAAGAAAGCUUAGAGAAAAUACUUGAAGAGAGAGAGAAACAGCAAGCACAAGAGGCUUCAGAACUCCAGACAACAAUGAUGGAAACAAUGGAAGCUGUUGAGUUAGAGAAGCAGAAACAUAAUAAUACUAGAAUGGAAGCCCUUGCAAGAUUGGCUAAGCUUGAGACUGUCAAUGCUGAACUUGCAAGAUCCCUGGCUACUGCCCAAUGGAAUCUUGAAGUAGAGGUUAAUCGGGUGGCAGAAAUCCGUCAACAAAUUGAAUUGAAAGAAGUUGCCCUUGAAGAACAAAGAAGGAGGAUCCCCAAUGCUCAUCAGAUGGGAACCUCUCUAAGCCAUUUGGUGGCUGCAAAAGGAGUUGAAUUUGAGAAAGAGAUACUUGAGGCGGAGUACUCUUUCAUUACUGACAAAAUUGGAUGGUUGCAAGACAAGGCAAAGAAGCUGGAAGCAAACAUUGAAAUGACGCGGAAGGAGAUGGAGAGUCCAACAGUAGUAGAAGUUGAGCUCAAAAGGAGGCUAUUCCAGCUGACUGACCAUUUAAUUCAGAAACAAGCCCAGGUGGAGGCUCUUUCCUCGGAGAAGGCAACGCUACUGUUUAGAAUCGAGGCUGUUUCAAGAUUGCUGGAAGAAAACAAGUUGUUACUCUUGUCGAGGGAUGACCUGGAGUCGGGAUCAUGGGAUAUUUCUGAUUCAAAGCUGAAGCCUCUAUUGGAAGACAGAAUUCGAUCUGGUGGGCAGCACUUCUGGUCGUUGAUGCGGCAGUUGGACACAAUUUUUUCUGCAGGUGCUGUGUUUCUGAGGAGGAAUUCAACGGCUAAAUGGUGGGCUUUGUUUUACCUUGUAAGCCUUCAUUUGUGGGUUAUUUAUAUACUUACGUCACACUCCGAAACAACAGUGGAGACGAGAUCAGGUGCGGUCAUGUCCCUGGAGAAUAUCAAUAGCACAGGUGGUGUGUGAUUGUGUUUUUAUAAGGGGCCAUGUUUUUCUUUAUCCAUUUGUUCUGCCUCAGCAUUUAAGAGGUCUAUAGAUGUGGUCUGUGCAGUUUUUUUUGGCCUGCCCCAACUAUAAUAGAGAUGUAAUAUGUACCUUUUAUUUCUUAUAAGUGCAAAAAAGCAGCCUCUUUUACAAUAA